GGCCGUGAGGAGCUGAGAGGAGCGUCUCAUUCAAGAGGAGUUUGCAGCCCGGGCUCCGAGAUCUUGUUCUGGAGGCACCGUCAUCAGGGGAGGAAGCAGGAAAAGCAGCCUGGGAGACGGGAUGACAGAUUGUUUGCCGCCUACUCUGCUGGAAGCCUGUGUGGUGGUCGGAGCAUCCAGUGAAAAACAGCAGGAAGUUUACCAGGCUGUUAACAGCAAUGGAGGUUCAGAGUCUCUCCUGCUGGAGCCAGAGGUUCUUCAUGUUCUGGCUCCCCCCUUCCAUAGACCAACUGAGCACGAGGCCUUGAAGUCACGCGGAAAGCGACACCGUUCAUUUCUCAGAAAGAAGAAGGAACAUCCUUCUUCAGGUCAAAGUACAUUGGAGGGAAAAGGAGGAGGUGAAGAUGUUGGUGUACCAAAAAAUAUAGACCUCAUGGCUUUGCCUCAGCUCUGCUUUCCCGGUGGUCUGCAAGUUUCCCCGGAGGAGAAAAACGAGCAGUUUCACUUCCUGGUUUUUACUGACGUCUUUGGCAACAAGACCCAUGGAGUAGUGACGCAAUAUUAUCGUCCAAUAUUGGAAGGGAUGUCUUGUUAUCAGAAUGGAUCUGGAUCUUCAAAGCGCUCUAAACUCUUCGUGGCCUUUGGUGUCUGUGUCAUAUCCAAGUAUCCUUACUUUACUGCUCUCAAAGAUUGCCUGUCAUGUCUUUUGCUUCAGCUGAGAUCUUGUCGGUUAUCAGAGACGGAAGAAAGGCUAAAAGAAUUUGCAAUCAAGCUGAGCCUUGUGCCAAUUCCACCUCCUGGACAGCUUCAUUUGAUGUUUACAUUACGUCCUUUGACCAUCAUGUUACCCUCCAGAGAGGACAUAAACCUCCCAGCUGUCGACUUGGACCUCCACCUGCCUUUCCUUUGCUUCCGACCACAGCAUCUACUGAUUGUACUUUCUUGCCUUCUACAAGAGCAACGGGUGGUGUUGUUUUCUGCUGACUGGGCAAGACUCACAUUAAUAGCAGAAAGCCUGCUCAUUUUUCUGCAGCCUUUGACAUGGCAGCAUCCUUAUGUUCCUGUGUUGGCCAGAGGAAUGCUGGACUUCCUUAUGGCUCCUACUGCCUUUCUUAUGGGAUGCCAUGUGAGCCAUUUUGCUGAAGUGUCUAGUGAAACGGAUGACCUGAUAUUAGUGAACAUAGAUGAUGGUAGUGUUUCCACUUCUUUAUCUGACACUAUUGAUCUUCCUGAAAUUCCACUAGCUGCUGCAGACUAUUUCAUACAAAGGAGUCAGUCAUUGCAGGUAAAUUUUGACUUGGCCCACUACCACAGUGCAAGCUGCAUGGACAUCAAUGAGCAGCGCGCUCAAAGAAGAGCCUGGCAACACAAACUCAACCACGAGAUCCAGAGGAUUGCGCUGGAACUGCUUGUCAACAUAUUCAGGGAUGUUAGCAGUCAUCUGAAUUACGAACAUCGAGUGUUUCACAGUGAAGAGUUCCUGAAAACCAGAGAGCCAGACGAACAGCUUUUUUACAAAACGGUGUUGGACACGCACAUCUUCCACUCCUUCUUGAGGGAUCGCCUCAACAAAAAAAUGGAUAACUUUGCACGGCUGGACCUCAGCAUUCGUUCUGAGAUGCAAAAGAUGAUGUCUAUGGUGGAGGUCCAACGUAGACCCACUAUGAACGAGAUUGUUACUAGGAAAAAAGGCUCCAUUCUUGGGAACAGGCUGAGUAAGAGAAUGGGGAUGAGUCUGCCAAAUUUAAGGGGAGAUCAAGCUAUGAGCUUUGAGAGAAACUCAUUGCUCACUAGGAUCGGGAUGUCUAAUUCAGCACUGAAAGUAGCACCCAAGUCUGUAAAGGUUUUUAAACUGCCAGACUUCCCAGCAUCACUGUCUUAUCUCGCCGUCCAAGCUUAUUAUAGCGAGCUCAUCCAAUCGCUGGGAAAAGCUAUUCUGUCUGCCCAAAAUGACAAUUCUACUCUGCUGGCCAGAUUUUACUACUUGCGAGGUUUCAUCAACACGUUGUGUUCACGGCGACUGGAUGCUUUGAGUGAUUUUCAGAAUCUCAACAAGACUGACACUGCAAUCUUUCCCACACAUUUGGUCGCAUGGCUCGUGGAGUCCCUGCACCAAGAUGAGUUGCAGCAAGCCCACAAAAGACCUGAGCUCAAGAGACUCAUUUUGAAGAUAAAAACAGAUAGCGAGAAGCCGGUUGUCCAAACGGAUAAUCACAUCAAGAAGUUUGAACUUCCUCAGAAUCCCUCAGAUCAGGAUGAGUUUGUGCGCUGCGUUCAGGAAUGUGGAAUUGUAAAGGAUGUGGCAACAAUACAUCGUUUAUUUGAUGCACUCGCUGAUGGACAGAUUAAGAAGGUGGACCCUGAAGUCUUUAGGGUGUUUUACACCUUCUGGAAGGAGACGGAGGCCGAAGCACAGGAUGUAAACCUCCCCUGUGAGGUCAUCAGUCACCUCGACAACAGCGAAUGUGUUUACAAGUUGUCGACCAGUGUCAAGACCUCGCACGGCGUCGGGAAAAUCGCCCUCACACAGAAACGUCUGUUUCUGCUCACUCAGGGACAGCCAGGGUUCCUGGAUAUCACGAAGUUCAGAGACAUACAGGAGGUGAAGAUAGCCUCAGCCCCCUUUCUUCUUGUCCGUAUUCCCUCUCUUCGGAUCAGGACCUCCAGCAGGCCUGAGACGUUUGAAGCCAACCUGAAGAUGGAGACCGAACUCUGGUACCUUAUAGUCAAAGAGAUGUGGGCUGGGCGCAAGAUGGCUGACCAAGAAAAGGACCCUCAGCACAUGGCUCAAGCUCUGACCAAUGUCUUGUUGAUGGAUGCCGUUGUUGGCUGCCUGCACCCUCACAGGUCCAUCUCUGCAGCAUCAAAGCUGGUUUACUUUGAUAAAAUCAUACAAGAAGUUCAUGUGACAGUACCUGAAACGACAUCAAAGACUCUGAAGCACAAAAUCAACCCAUCUCUGGACCUAGCAGAACCUCAGACUGUAUGUGUGCUGCUGUACACACCAGGUCAGCUAAGGGGCAAAGGUUCCCAGAGAGUGAUGAACCCAAAGCUGUGGGUCGCUCUAAAUGGUGGCAGAGUGGUUGUGUUUGAUGCAGCUAGCUGGUCAAUGCUUCAGGAUUGCAUUCAGGUUGGAGAGUCACAAGUGACCUGCAUGAUGGGGCUUGUCCAGGAUCAGGUGUGGAUGGGUUCUCAGGACUCUGUUAUCUACAUCAUUGACACUCACAGCAUGUCCUGCAACAAACAGCUGACUGAACACCGACAUGAAGUGACUGGCCUUUCUGUUGACACCAGAGAUCAUAACAAUGGGCAACUUGCCUACUCCUGCAGCUGCGAUGGGACCAUCCUGCAAUGGGAUUCGACCAGUCUCAAGGUGAAGAGCCAGUUCUACCUCAACUGUGACCGUCUCUGCUCCAUACAGUUCUACAACGGCAUCCUUUGGUGCCGUUGUGGUGACAGUAUUGUGGAACUGAAAAAGAGUGGGACCCCACAUAGGAGGAUAGUGCUUCCUGAUGACUUGCGGAGCAUGCCCAGUUGCUUCAGCUGCUUUAUUGCCAUUCCAGAGAGUGGGCAGGUUUGGACAGGCUGCUCAGACUCAGUGGAGUUGUGUCUGUGGCAGACUAACAACCUCAAACAGCCUCCCAAAAGAAUCGCCCUGCCAGGCUCUUCAGGAGUCACGUGUAUGAUUCGAGUCAAAAGCCAGAUCUGGGUUGGCUGCCGAGGAUGGAGCAGAGUGGGAGGUCUUUGUGACGGUCAGCUGAAAAGCCUGGUAUUAGUGAUAGACUUAGACAGUCUAACAGUGACAAAGGAGCUACUGGCCCAUUCGGACAGCAUCCAGACUCUCUGCUCUGCUGAAGAUCGGUACGUCUUGAGCGGCUCUGCACGCAGGGAUGGCAAGAUUGCCAUCUGGCAAGUUGAAUAAAGAACAUUUCAAGAUAUCAAGAAGACAAAAUGUCAAUAUACAAUUUUUAAAAAUGGAUUCAGGAACAAAUGUUUUUUGUAUUAUAUUUCAUAGAUUGACAACUGAGAUUUACUGUGAUAAACUAACACGAAGACAUGUUUGAAAUGAAAUGUUGUAAUGAAAUGUUUAGAUUUGUAGUAAAUCUGGUAAUAAUGAUUCACAACAUGCAUGAGGAUGAAUAUGUACCAUCAUUGUUUCUGUGUAUGAAAGUCCUAAAUCAGAAGUGAUAUCAGUAAAAUACUGAAAUGUUAAAACUGUUUUUAUAUUUAAGCAUUGUUUAAUAAACUUUCUCUAUUUUUGUGAUGUUUGUAUGGAAAAUAAAGGCUCAAAAUCUGUUUCCUAACAAUGCAGAGUUCUUUUUCCCAAUCUUUUAAAACGAUUAAGUAGAACAGAGCAAACAUCAAGCAAACCUUAAAGAAAACACCAAAACAAUAACAAGAAAAAAAAUGCAAAGAAGAUAACAUAAUACAGCUUGAGUAUGCUAUAAUAAAAAUGCCAGGAUGUAUAACAAAAAUAACAUAAAAUACAUCAGGUUUAUAGGAAUACGUUGAACUUUUUAAAGAGAUGACAGGUU